CUCAGCCACAGAGCGAGUCAGUCAUCAGGAGGUGUGAAUCCCUGGCUCCUACUUCUCCUUCAUUUCUUCACUCACUCCUUCGUCAUGCGCGCCGGGCUCCGCUGAUCAGCAGGUGACAGCUCCAGCUCCCCCACAGACACCAGAGCUGAGAAAAGAAAAGAAGAGAAGAGAAGAGAAGAAAAAAAGACAGCUGCAGAGACCGACAGGGUGGCGGAUGAACAAAUAAAGAGGAGAGAGAGAGAGGUCGGAGAGAACUUCUGGAGUUCAACAAAAACUUCUCGAUCAGAAAUUGAAAGACGGAGCAUGGCAGAGAGAAACCACCACUGAGAGAGGGCUGAGAAAGAGGAAGACAAGAGGAGACGAGUUCCGUGCAUACAGAGAGAAGAGCUUCACUGAGGCACAGAUACUUCACAACUACUGUCAGAACAGAACCAGUAGAACUCAAAACAGCGUGGUGAAGACACUAAAGAAAGACACUAAAGAAAGACAAGAAAAAGGGGGAGAAAAAAAAUCUUGACUUCUACCUGACGGGCCCAUCAUGGGAGACAUUUUGCUGGUGAGGGGGAGGACCCAAGCACUGGUCGCCCUGCUAUUCACCCUGGCAGCGUUGGCACAAGGGCUGAUGGUCCGACGGUUGCCAGGCGACGACGGCGUGAAAGAGCUCCUGAGGAGGGUUAAGAGGGGCUGGGUGUGGAAUCAGUUCUUUGUCCUGGAGGAGUACACCGGCCUGGAGCCCCUCUACAUAGGCAAGCUACACUCAGACAUGGACCAUGGCGACGGCGACAUCCGCUACAUCCUUUCAGGCGAUGGCGCCAACACCACCUUCACCAUUGAUGACAGCACGGGGGAUAUCCACGCCAUCCAGAGGCUGGACCGGGAGGUCAAGGCCCAGUAUCUGCUACGAGCCCAGGCCCGCCACCGGCUGACUGGCCUGCCCCUGGAGCCCGAGUCUGAGUUCAUCGUCAAGAUCCAGGACAUCAACGACAACGAGCCCAAGUUCCUGGAUGGACCCUACCAGGCCACCGUACCAGAGAUGUCUUCUAUAGGGACAUCUGUAAUCCAGUUAACUGCGACCGAUGCGGAUGACCCCACGUAUGGGAACAGCGCUCGAGUGGUUUACAGCAUCCUGCAGGGCCAGCCCUACUUCUCUGUAGAGCCUAAAACAGGGAUUGUACGUGUAUCCCUGGCAGAUAUGGACCGUGAGGUCAGGGAUAUGUACCAAGUGGUCAUCCAGGCCAAAGACAUGGGGGGACAGAUGGGGGGCCUAGCUGGUACCACCACCGUCAACAUCUCGCUCAGCGACGUCAACGACAACCCACCCAAAUUCUCCCAGAAGCUUUACCAGAUGAGUGUUCCUGAAUCUGCCCAGGCUGGGUCUGCAGUGGGUCGCAUCCAGGCAAAGGACCGUGAUGAGGGCGUUAACGCCGAGAUGACCUACAGAAUCAUCGAUGGUGAUGGUCGAGACACCUUCAAAAUCAGCAAUGACCCUACCAACAUGUUUGGCAUCAUCACCAUUAAGAAGAGCCUGGACUUUGAGAGCAAGCGGAGCUACACGCUGAAGAUUGAGGGCUCCAACACCCACCUGGACCCUCGCUACCUCAGCAAGGGCCCCUUCAGGGACGUCACCAUCGUGCACGUUAGCGUCGAGGAUGUGGACGAACCACCAGAGUUCCGUGUGCCAUUCUACUAUGUGGAGGUUCCAGAGGACGUUGAGAUCGGAACCAUCUUCACGUCUGUGACCGCUCGAGACCCUGACGUGGCCAACAACUCCAUUAGGUACUCCAUAGAGAGGAUGAGUGACCUUGGGAAGUACUUCUACAUUGACAUCACAUCCGGGUCACUGAUGACCGUACUGCCAUUGGACAGAGAGGAGAUGGCCUGGCACAACAUCAGUGUACUGGCCAUGGAGAUGAACAAUCCCAGCCAAAUCGGAAGUGUGUCUGUGGCGAUAAGGAUCAUGGACAUUAACGACAAUCCUCCUUCACUCACUCCGUACUAUGAAGCCUUUGUGUGCGAGAAUGCUAAAGCAGGACAGUUGAUUCACACCCUCACGGCGACGGAUGCGGACGACCCAAUUGGAGGACAACAUUUUUACUACAGUCUUGCCCCCGAAGCUGCAAAAAACCCCAACUUCACACUCAGAGAUAACCAAGAUAACUCGGCGUGGGUGCUGACGCGACGUGGCGGCUGGUCGCAGCAGGAGCAGAGCGUCUACCACCUGCCCAUCCAGGUGUCGGACGGCGAGCUGCCGAUGCAGAGCAGCACGGCCACGCUCACCGUGCGUGUGUGCAGCUGCGAUGCCGACGGCAACGUGCUCUCGUGCAGUGCGGAGGCCUACACGCUGCACGCCAGCCUGAGCCGAGGGGCACUCAUUGCCAUCCUGGCAUGCAUCCUGGUCCUGCUAGUUAUGAUCCUGCUGAUGCUCUCCCUGAGGAGCCAGCGCAAGAAGCCCUACCUGACGGACGAGGAGGAGAACGUGCACGAGAACAUCGUGCGCUAUGACGACGAGGGUGGUGGCGAGGAGGACACAGAGGCCUUUGACAUCGCUGCGCUCUGGAACCCCCGUGAGGCCCAGCCGCCUGGGCGCCACCCGGGCCGCCAGGACAUGCAGCCGGAGAUCCAGACCCUGUCACGUCACGUGCCGCAGGUCCCCGUGGGAACGGCGUUUGCCCUCGCCGACGGUGGUGCCGGCGUCCACGGCUAUGUGCUGGCCAAGCUGUACGAGGCGGACCUGGACCUGUGCGCACCGCCCUAUGACUCGCUGCAGACGUACGCCUACGAAGGCGAGGGCUCAGUGGCCGAGUCGCUCAGCUCACUGCAGUCCAGCGCCUCACACGCCGACCACGACUAUGACUACCUGAGCGACUGGGGGCCGCGCUUCUGCAAGCUGGCCCAGAUGUACGGGGCCGUGGAGGACGACAACUCCCUGUGGUAGCGUCCGAGGACGGAGGAGAAGAUUCCCCAGACGGACUCUAGAAGAACAAGCCCUGGAGAGGAGAGAUAGAGAAGGGGCGAGGGGAGGAAGCAAGGCAAGCAGAGAGAUGAGGAUAUAGAGAGGGAGGCAGGCAUGAAGAGGAAUGACGGUGUCCCUCAUUUUCACUGCUAUUGACAGCCUACAUGACCGGCUUGUUAUGGCCUGGCAAUGAACUUCACAAUCCUCGAUGUGUUCAUAUGUGUGUGUGAGAGAGAAAGAGAGAGAGAGAGAGCAUUUGAUAGAAAAGGAAAGAGCAAGACGAACAAACAUAGACAAAGAUUAAAAAAAAACAGAAGAAUGAAAGUGAUUUCUCUAGAGAGAAAGUAAUGGCACUUCUGCACAAAUGCUACAGCUAGUAACAGCCUAUCAGCAAAUCAGAAAGAAAUGCAUACAGAAAAAGGCGAGGGAAAGAAAAAUAAUCAUGAAUUUCUCUCUAGGAAUCAGCCAAAUGACUGUGACUGAAUCUCUGAAAUGCUGGUUCAUAUUGGAUUGUUCUGGCAGUCAUUUUAUCUUUUUAUCUCUGUGUCAUGCUAAACCAUGGUGUUAAGAACUGUGAAGCUGUUUUUUUGUUCUGAUGUUUUAUUCUUAUAUUUGGUGAAACAUCUCACUCAGUCAUUUACUCAGCAGCUCCCUGUAAGAUGGUUUUAUUUAUUUGCGCUGGUAUUUAUGUUUUUAUUUUUCUAAAUUAUUAUUUUCUAAAAGAAGCACUGGGUGUUGAUCAAAAACUGAAUGCAGUAGCCCAGCCUUUGAUCACACAUGUCGUGGUCACUUAUUUUGACUUAAUGUGAGGAGGAGUCAGAGCCUCUGUUAUUCCUUUGGGGUUUCGUUUCAUUUAUUGACCCAGUUAGAUGUGUGUACAUUUAUCCAUGACUUCCAUGGUGUUUCUCUUCAUGUUAGGUUUGUUCGGUAGUCAGACGAAAACACGGUGGAAGCCCCCCUACCCCGAAUACAAGCUGAAAAGCGAGGGGAUUAUUGACACACGCAAAGCCAUUUAGUCAAACUGUGUUUAUGUUUUCCUGAAAAUACAAAGCCUUCAUUCUCAAGGAAGUGGAGCUGGUAGAGCUGGAGGGGAGACACAUACCAGUGGGCCGGUAACCCUCCUGGAGUGGAGAAGACGCCGCAGACAGACGUAAACAUUUCACCAAACCACACCACAAUCAGUUUCACCAGUGGCUUAAAAAAAUCACCAGAGUCCUUCCUUUCUUGGAGUCUGAGAAUCCGCAUCAAGUGCCAAAAUAUGAUGAGAGUUCUCUUCAGAACACCAAAUACACAUAACUGUGACGGGUGAUGACAGAGAGAACCAGAGCAGACUGACAGUAUGGGUGGAAUCUACCUGAGAACUGUACACAGUGUCAGUCAAGCCAAGUGGUAUUUGAAUGUACAGAUUUUUUUGUAUACUUGGUAAUAAAAGAUGAUAAAUCA